ACCACCUCUUGUCGACCACCCUAGCUCUGCAUCACGAUACCCAGCGCCUUGCAUUAACGCAGGACGUCCCAUUCAUCGGAGUCCGUGUUCCUGAGCUCCUUACAUCCUCACACGUUCUAGCUUUCUUCGAGACUGGAAGAGCCUUGCCCAAGACGACUUUGCAGUAGCAAAGCGCGUCCUCAGAAGUUCCUACAGGUGCAGCCCAUCACGACCACAUUCUCGAGCUAAGCUAAUAUUCUCAACUGUAGCUAGCAAUGACAACGACCUUUCAGGCGAACGAAAAGGUGCUGUGCUAUCACGGACCCCUCAUCUACCAGGCCAAGGUCCUGAAAGCAGAGAUCUGGACAGGGACUGACCCGUCCGAAGGGGGAUUCACUGGACCACACUACUUCGUCCACUACCAAGGGUGGAAGGCAAGCUGGGACGAAUGGGUUCCUGAAUCGCGAGUGUUGAAGUUCAAUGAUGAGAACAUCACACGGCAAAAAGCUCUCAUCCUCGCUGCACAGAACAAGGGCAAGGAGAAGGAGCAGGAGAGGCAAGCCGCUGCUGCCGCUUCUGCUGCUGCCUCAUCCUCUGCUGGUGGAUCGAAGGACUCUGGAAGCUCGCGCAAACGUCCGCGAGACUCGGACGAGAAGGGUCGAAGGGGUGGUAGUGCGGGAGCUGCAGGAGCGGGUGGAGCUUCAGCAUCAAAGCGCGGACGUGAUGCAGUAGGCGAUGAAGAAGAGUUUCUGCGUCGCCCAGAGAUCAAAAUCGUCAUUCCGGACGCACUCAAGGUGCAAUUGGUCGACGAUUGGGAGAAUGUGACAAAGUACGAUCAGCUGGUGCCGCUACCGAAGAAGCCCAACGUGAAGGAUGUGCUAAAGAUGUACAGGGAUCACGUCUUGGAAGAGCGCAAGAAACGAGAAAGCAAGAACAGCAAAGACAGCAAAGAUGGAGCAACUGGUAGCGGCAGUGGAUCCUCACGGCUCUUGACACAACCUCUAGCGGUACUGGACGAAGUGUUGUCUGGCCUCGAGCUAUACUUUGACAAGGCUCUGGGGAACAACCUAUUAUAUCGCUUCGAGCGGACGCAAUACCUGCAGAUCAGCAAAGGGGCUGCUGCUGCCAUGACUGGUAGGAAUAGGGGUGGAGCUGGUUUCAGUGCAGAGGAAGGAAAGAGCAAGAGAGAGGUGACGCCUACUGGUGGACAGGAGACUGAGGAGAAGCAGCCCAGCGAGAUCUAUGGCGCUGAGCACCUCUUGAGGCUUUUCGUCAAUCUCCCCUCCAUCAUCGCCCACACGACCCUGGACGCAGACUCGGUGGUGAUCCUAAGGGAGCACCUGGACGACUUCCUCGCCUUCAUGGUCAAGGAGAAGCCCAAGCUCUUUGCCUCCAAGUACGAAGUGGCCAGUCCGGCUUAUCAUCGAGUGAGCCUAGUCUAAAGGAGGGAGGACGGGGUUCCUGUAUGGGGCAGGACAGCGAGAUGGGGCUGCGCGAGGCUCACCUGAGAUUUACGUUUGACGGCGAAGGUGUAUGUAUUGGCAGAAGAAGGGCCUAUUGACCAGCCUGUGGGGACUUUUGUACUCAAUCAAUAUUCUCGAACUGUCCCUCGACGUGACCCGGAAGUGGAACGAG